ACGUCACUGUCCGCAGGUCCCGUUGGAUACAGCCGCAAAACUGCGAGAGAGAACGGCGAUUGAAGGGAAUAGCACUAGCGGAGCGGCGGUGGCGUCGGCCAUCUUAGAACUAUCGCGGUUACCGAAAUACAUCCUCUGGAUUCUUUUCUUGAGAGAGAAGCAUUUUAUUAAAACGACAAGGAUUGAAAAGGGAGGUUUUUGUUUUUAAGUGUUCGAAUUCGAAACCAGGAUGCUGUUCCGAGGGAAUAAACAUUUUGCAUCCGUUGUCGGAGUAGUCCUCGGACUAUUAUGUGCGGUGGAGGCAGCCAAAGUUAAUAAGCACAAACCAUGGAUCGAUACAACGUACCACGGGAUCGUCACAGAAAACGACGACAAAGUUCUCCUGGAUCCUCCCCUCAUCGCCCUGGACAAGGAUGCACCUCUACGCUACGCAGAAAGUUUUGAAGUGACCUUCACCAAAGAAGGUGAGAUCUGCGGCUUCAGGAUCCACGGGCAGAACGUUCCCUUCGAGGCCGUGGUUCUGGACAAGUCCACGGGGGAGGGCGUGAUCCGGGCCAAGGACAAGCUGGACUGUGAGCUGCAGAAAGACCACACCUUCACCAUCCAGGCCUACGACUGUGGGGAGGGCCCAGACGGCACCAACAUGAAGAAAUCACACAAGGCCACCGUCCACAUCCAGGUGAACGACGUGAACGAGUAUUCCCCCGUGUUCAAGGACAAGUCCUACAAGGCUACCGUCAUCGAGGGCAAGAAGUACGACAGCAUCCUGAAGGUGGAGGCUGUGGACGCCGACUGCUCCUUCCAGUACAGCCAGAUCUGCAACUACGAGAUUGUGACCCCCGACGUGCCCUUCACCAUCGACAAGGACGGCUACAUCAAGAACACGGAGAAGCUGAACUACAGCAAGGAGCGCAUGUACAAGCUGACCGUGACCGCGUACGACUGCGGCAAGAACCGUGCGUCAGAAGACGUCCUUGUCAAGAUCAGCAUCAAGCCCACCUGCAAGCCGGGCUGGCAAGGAUUCAACAAGAGGAUCGAGUAUGAGCCUGGCACCGGCAGCCUAGCCCUCUUUCCCAGCAUGCACUUGGAGACCUGCGAGGAGCCAAUCACCUCCAUCCAGGCCAGCAUCGAGCUGGAGACCAAUCACAUCGGCAAGGGAUGCGACAGAGACACCUACUCUGAGAAGUCUCUUCACAAGCUGUGUGGUGCCAGCAGCAGCGGCACUGUGGAGCUGCUUCCCGCCCCCAGCAGCUCAGCCAACUGGACGGUGGGCCUGCCCACAGACAACGGCCACGACAGCGACCAGGUGUUUGAGUUCAACGGCACGCAGGCCGUCAGGGUGCCGGAGGGCGUGGUGAGCAGCUCCCUGAAGGAGCCCUUCACCGUGUCUGUCUGGGUCAGGCACGGCCCCGGGGCCCACGACAAGGAGACCAUCCUCUGCAACUCUGACAAGACAGAGAUGAACAGGCACCACUACUCUCUCUACGUGCACAACUGCCGCCUCAUCCUGCUCCUCCGCCAAGACCCCACCGAGUCUGAGAACUACAAACCAGCCGAGUUCCACUGGAAACUGGACCAGGUGUGUGAUAAAGAGUGGCAUCACUACGUUCUCAACGUGGACUUCCCCUCAGUGUCUCUGUUUGUGGACGGCACCACCUUCGAGCCCUUCCUUGUGACGGAGGACUACCCCCUGCACUCCUCCAAGCUCAGCACCCAGCUCACCGUCGGGGCGUGCUGGCAAGACUUCUCAGGCCAUGACAACAGCUCUGACGCCAGCCCUGAGCCCCCAGCAGGUGGCAGUGCUCGUAUGUCUCAGUUCUUCCGGGGGAACCUGGCCGGUCUGAUGAUCCGCUCUGGGAAGCUGGAGAACAAGAAGGUGAUCGACUGCCUGUACACCUGUAAGGAGGGGCUGGACGUGCAGCUACCAGAGGAGGUGGCCUCAGCAGUCAAGGUGGAGUUCAACCCCAACCAGUCUUCCCUGACCGUGGAGGGAGACGACAUCGAGGCCUUCGACAAGGUCAUGCAGCACGUGUCCUACCUGAACUCCAGACAGUUCCCCACCCCGGGAAUCAGACACCUCCGCAUCUCCACCACCGUCAAGUGCUUCAACGAGGAGACAUGCAUCUCAGUGCCAGAGGUGGAGGGAUACGUCAUGGUGCUGCAGCCCGAGGAGCCGAAGAUCAGCCUGAGCGGCAUUGAUCACUUCGCCCGCGGCGCCGCUGAGUUUGAGAGCCCCGAGGGGGUGACGCUGUUCCCAGAGCUGCGCAUUGUCAGCACCAUCACCCGCGAGGUGGAGGCCGAGGCCGAGACCACUGAGGGGCCUGAGGACGACCCCACCGUCCAGGAGACGGUGGUGUCAGAAGAGAUCAUGCACAACCUGGACACGUGCGAGGUGUCGGCGCAGGGAGACGAGCUGGACAACGAGCACGAGAGCCUGGACGUGGACCUGGGGCAGGUCCAGCAGCGCGGCCUGGAGAUGACCUCCUCCAACCUGGGUCUAGUCAUCACAGGUGUCAACACCAUGGCUAACUACGAGCAGGUGCUGCAUCUGAUCCGCUACAAGAACUGGCACACGGAGGCUCUGUUUGAUAGGAAGUUCAAGCUGGUCUGCUCCGAGCUCAACGGACGCUACAUCAGCAACGAGUUCAAGGUGGAGGUGAACGUGAUCCACACAGCCAACCCCAUGGACCACGCCAACAACGCCAUGGUGCAGCCCCAGUUCAUCAACCCUGUCCACCACUCCUCUGUGGAUCUGUCUGGGCACAACCUGGUCAACGCCCACCACGCCUCCGUGGUCCCCAGCGCUGCCACCGUGGUCAUCGUGGUGUGUGUGAGCUUCCUGGUCUUCAUGAUCCUCCUGGGGGUGUUCCGCAUCCGCGCCGCUCACCAGCGCACCAUGGGCGACCAAGAGAACGGCAAGGAGAACGAGAUGGACUGGGACGACUCUGCUCUCACCAUCACAGUCAACCCCAUGGAGACUUACGAGGACCAGCACAGCAGCGAGGAGGAGGAGGAAGAGGAGGAGGAGAGCGAGGAUGGCGAGGAGGAAGAUGACAUCACCAGCGCUGAGUCGGAGAGCAGUGAAGAUGAGGAGGGUGCAGAGCCAGAGGACCAGCAGGGGGCCAGCAGACAGCAGCAGCUGGAGUGGGAUGACUCCACACUCACCUACUAGGACACACACACACCUACUAGGACACACACACACACACCUACUAGGACACACACACACACACCUACUACGAAACAAACACACUCCUUCACACACAUGCUCCUUCACACACGCACACACGCACCCUCCACACACAUGGUUCUUCACACACACACACACACACUCACACCCUCCACACACGCUUGCAUUCACAGCCCACAUAUGACUCACCUACACCAAAUCCGCUCUCUCACUAUGCCCUAACACAGCAGAUCACACUCUUACCAAUGUCUUUCCAAGGAGCCAUGAUGUACAAAAAAGAAAAGAAAAAACAUAAAUCUAUGAAUAUGGUCAAGAUUUUCCUGUUGUCAGCUUAGUGAUGGUACACAGUGUAGUAUAAAACGCACCAGACUGGGUCACAGACUUUUACUGUCUUACUUUUUAUUUAUUCUGUUUUAUUCCCGGGAAAACUUAGCUUAUGUUUGCAUUUCUUUUGAACUUUGUGAGGAUUCAACCUUGCCCUUUGUUGUCUUCUAAGAUGUGAGGCUUUCAAACGGAGAUGGCUUUUUAAUUGUUUACUUCUUGCACAUCGGUUCUAGGUUUGUUUACUGCCACAAGGAGAGAAGCUUUGACUUGGGGUUUUCUUUGUGUGCUUGAGUUGCAGUUUGGAGGGUGGAACGAAACGAUGCUUCAAAAACGUAUACACAUCUAGUUUAUUUUUUUCUCCUUUAGUGCAUGAGGAUAUUUGGGAAAAAAAGUCUUAUCUGUAGAGGAAUAAAUUGCUUUUUAAGAUUUUGUAAAUAUACAGAAACCAUGUAAUUAGUCAAUGUGAUUAGUUAUGGCCUAAACAAAAGGGUCCAAUAUCUAAAAUGGCGCCGUACGUAAUGUAGAAUAUUUGUGUCACAAAAGCUUAUAGCAUGUUGCAAAAUGUGGUUCUGCUCCACCGUCAUGCUUGUACAGAGUGUCUGCUUCCAGAAGAGAACCCCAGGACUGCACACCCAUGGUUGUAAGUGCUGUCCGUUUUCUUCUCUCUGUCUCACAAGAAGAAAGUUGUUUGUUUUUUGAAGCAGGACUGGGUGAUGAUUUUGAUUUACACAUGCUUGGCUUGGCUUGCACAGGUGGCAAUGCUGUACUCAAGACGUCAAUAUGUUUCAUUCCCUAUAUAGUUGUACAGAUUGAUGGGGUUAUUUUUUAUUUUUUUCUUCAGAGGAAUCACAGAGCGUCACAGUCAGACUGCUGAACAUUGAUUUGUUUAUUUUUUUGUUUUUAAAGGUACUAGGAGCAGGCAAGAUGGUGCUCUAGACCAAUCUCUCAGUAUCGGUACUAAUAUUUCUUCUAACUCAUUCAAAUCAGUAAAUAUGAUAUUUCGUCGGUAGCUUCUUCCAUAUUUCAAUCUUGCUGUGGCGUUUGUAAUUUGAAUCUGACAGUUCUACAGAAAGAGAGAUGAUGUGUGGAUUGUUAGCAGCAGUUUGUUGUUGUGUUAACUGACGUUCUUUGGGAGAAUCGUGAAAUGCAGGAGUUUCAUUGCUUCAUUGCAAAAAAAUAUUUUUAAAGGACUUUUUUUUCAUGGUGUGACAAUUGAACCUGAAAUAAUAUAUUAGAUGUAUUUUUAAAGGGGUGUCUCAUCAGUCCAGUCGCUCUCUUACUGUCAAUUUUACCUGUGUUUGAAUUAGAGGAAUAAUCUUAAAUCAAAUUAACGUUGAAUCGGUACAGGAAGUGGCUGGAGCUAUGAUGGGAAAACCUUUUGAAAAUGCAUCUUUUUCCGUUCCUGUUUUAAAUGAAAUAUUUUUUUGCAGUAGACCACUAGAUUUUAUUGUACAUUUGGAACUGUACUGUAGAGUUGUUCUAAGAUAUUUGUUUACAUUUGGUAAACUUGUUUUCCUUCUGAUAUUAGUAUAAAACUUAUACAAUUAAUUGGAAAGAUGUGUCAGAUGUUAACCUUUAGUUUCAGAACAGCUGUUGUUUAUCACUGUUGUAUAGCUUUUCAAUCCCAUACAGUAGAGGACUUCAACCCCUCAAACAGUCAUUCCUCUAAUACAUUCAGUAUCCAAGUUAAAUAUGUAUGUCCUGCACUCACAUUAUGGGGUGGGAGGGGGAAUUUCAAUCAGUCAAUAAGAAUGAGACAGUUGGACCUAACGCUGGGAAAUGAUGGUUUGAUUGAUAGGUUGUCUGUAAGAUAUCUUAUAUUUUGCAUGUUCAUCUAUUUUUAAAGGCCAAAAUCAGAUGGCUUGUUAUAACAGAAAUAUUGACAUUUUGCAAGUUCCACAAAAGGUCCUUAUUAUUAGAGACAGCACCAAGGUCAUAUUCGAGAGGUUUUCUUUGAGCAAACCACAAGUCGCUCUGUGUCAGUUCGGUUAGGAUUAUUUGGUUAUUUUUUUGGGUCAACGGUGGAAACGAGGUGAACAGUCUCCCCUUCAUGACGACUUGGGCCCGUUGAGGGCUCCAGGUUUGAGCCAGCCCAGUUGGGAGUGCCUUUGCCAAUCACAGCACAUUAACAAACACAACUAACAAACGAAACAAACACAACUAACACUCAUCCAUGCUGUUUGAGUUGUGGCCACUUUGUUUUUUUUUCUUUUUGUAAUUUAAUUCUAGGUUUCUUACAAAGCUGGGGAUGUGAUUUUAUUUUGUUGUAACAAUAGUCCACUGCUAGUUUUAUUAAAAAGUGAACGUUUUACAUAGGUGUCAUGUGUCCAUGUUGAUGUGUAGAAAAUGUAGAUCCAUAUUGUAUCUUCUAUAGAUAUUGUACUAAAUCAUAUUGACAAAAUCCACUUCUAAAAAUGUGUACAUUAUUCAAAUGCUCUAGGCAGCAUAUGUGGGUAUAAAUUGACCUAUUUGUGUAAAGUGGAAGGUAAUUUUGAACCGUGUACUAUUGCCUGGAUCGCUGAAGUUUAAAGCAGCAUGAAAUUCACCAAAACCUGAGUAUAAUCCUAAUCCCCGCAGAUUUCUCACAGUUCAUUGUCACAGGUCAUUGUCAAAUCAGUUUUAUCUCCUCAUUUCACCCCCCCUCCUCCCCUUUUACAAAAAAAAUAAGGUAAAAGUACAAAGCAAAUGCUAUUAAAUGGAAACGAUCUAAAUCUGAGUUGUAAUUCUGACACUUAUGUUCUGGAUAAAAUAUUCUCCCUCGGACAGCGUCCUCUGAAUCAAAUUGAAUGUCACUGCCCUGUAAAUUGUGGAUCUGAAAUGCCCAUCGGUGACACAAGGGACUUGUCCUUUUGUAUGAAUCAUUUCAACAGAGGGCGGUCCGUGUUUCAAGGUGAGGUUGAGGGACGCGGGUACAGGAGACGACACACUGCAUACUACUGAGUCUCUGAAUGUCCACACCACUCAAAACUUGUUUUUUUUCUCUCUUUGCUCUCAUAAGGAAUAGGUGAUUUCAGAACUGUUGAACGAUUCCUUUGUGCUUGUUGGGGUUGCUUUCACUUUUCUACCGAUUGACAGGCGAAUUGUAGUGAAGGUGACGCUCGCUCAUUAAACAAAAUAAAGGACAAAGAGAUGGGUACAAAUGUUGUCUUGCUUU